UAGCCAAUUAGGACAACCACUGGAGGUUCCGCCCCUGCUGAAGGCGGAUCCCCGGGCUGCUUGGAAUCUGGGCUUUCGGCUGGAGAGCGUUGGCGUCCUUUCAUCCAUGGCAGCCUCUGAUCUCGGGACCAGAGAGGCGUGCCUACGUCCCGCUAGACCGCUAGAGAAGGGGCAAGCGCCUAGGCCCGCUGUGCACCCUGCCUGAGUGCGCGUGGAACCUAGGGUCAUCACCUCCUGUGGGUAUACUGCAGCCCAGAGGCAGUGACACUGCUGUGAGAAGCCCGCAUGCCCAAUAUGGCAGAGACUAAAGACCCCGUUCAGCUUCGGCUGCUCAGCCUGGAGCUCCUGAAGCAGCUUUGGGCUGGGCACGAGGCCAUGUGUCAGUCGGUGGCCAGAGCAGUAUCAGGGUCAAACCUGGAUUGUAGCAGCCACAACUUAGAGAUGCCACUGUCCCAAGAGACUUCUCCUGUUUCCUCAGUAGCCCCCAGCUCACAGGACAAAAGACACGUGUUGGACCCACUGGACAGUCGUCGAGGUGACACGUUUGAUGUGGCCUGGUAUGGCAAGGUCAACUCCAGGAUGGACUCUUUCCCACUUGCCACAGGCCAACACCAGGAGCCUCAGGAAGGACUACGGCCCCCUUCAGUACCCUUGCUAGCCACUCAGGGUCUGAAGGGGCCAGUGUCUUUAGGAGGACCAAAAGGUCUGGGACCUGACAAGACACAGGUCCCAAGGUCCAUCCUGUCACGACUAAGCAAGCCAUCUAAGCCCAGAGUGACCUCCCAGGAGUCCGCAGUGCCUGAGAGCAGCUGGUCCUCUAGGCCAUACCUAGGCUAUGAUUGGAAUGCAGGGUCCCUGGACAAUAGCUCUCCAGUCACUAGUGAACCCGAGGCCUUCUUCUCUGUGCUGCAGAGGUUUCGAGAAAACAACAAAGAGGAUUGUGUUUGCAACUCCCCUGAAGCUGUGUUCCCAGGCGUGCAAGAGAGCAGCGGUGUGGAAGAGGACCACGAGUGUAUGUACUGUUACCGUAUCAAUCGCCGGCUGUUUCCUGAGCCUGUGGAUCCAGGUGCCCCUUGCCGUCUGUGUGGUAUACCCCGGGAUGAGAAGGGCCCCGAAACUCCGGUGGAGCCAGUGCAAGUCAGGGUGAGCAUCCCCCUGUCCAUCAUGGACCCCCCACACCGGUAUCGAAUUCACAGAAGGAAGAGCUCCGAUGCAUCUGACACUCUAGCUUUGCCUCGGCACUGUCUGCUGGGCUGGGACAUCCUCCCUCCAAAGUCAGAGAAAACCUCUGUCCCCAAGAGCCUGGACCUCUGGUCCUCUGUGUCCUAUGGAGCAGGGCAGCGCCGGGAUCUGUCAGCCACUAGCCCAGCCUGUCAGGCCUCGCCAGCACAGGUCGCACCACCUAUCUGGUCAGAGCCUCAGGUUGCCCAGCUCUGUCCCUCCCACUAGAAGCCCAGUGGACUGACUACCCAGAAGACGACAGUAUUCUACCAGUGCCAUCAGCCUCCCCUGAGGAGAAGCACCUGAGAGCUGGAAGUG